UGGGCCUAGCGUCGCGGCCGCGACCCCUGGCGCGGACGUCCCUUGCAGCGCCGUGGGCUGCGGACCCCGGGUUUCGCCGUCAGCUCGGCCUUUGUAGCUCAGGCCCCGUCGACCGUGGGCUUCGGGGAGAAGCGCCUGCCCUGAGAGCAUCCGGGGUCAACCUCUCCUACCGCUCUGGUCGGGCCGCUGGGAGGAAAGUGGCUCCAAGUCCAGCCCAUGCGCAGCAAAGCAAGUUAAGGAUUUAAUAUGAAGCGCAGGAGCAGAUAGUGCCAGAUAGUGCCAGACAGCAGGCAGCACCUGGUACACAUUGCUGGAAAAGCAGUGUCCGUGUUGUUAUGUACACCUCCAAAAAAGUUCAGAUCUGUAGGGGAAUUGUUGUGUAAAGUAAACUGAACAAAAGGGUAGCAGUGUUUUAAUAGCUAUUGUAGGCCUCUAUUUACUGUAUUAAAAAUGAGUAAAAGAACAAGCAGUGACAGCCCACUAGGAAGGGUUAGUGUGGCAGCUUUUCCUUCUCCCACUGCUGCUGAGAUGGCAGAAAUUAGUCGAAUUCAGUAUGAGAUGGAAUACACUGAAGGAAUUAGUCAGCGAAUGAGGGUCCCGGAAAAGUUAAAAGUAGCACCACCAAAUGCUGACCUAGAACAAGGAUUCCAAGAAGGCGUUCCAAAUGCUAGUGUGAUAAUGCAAGUUCCAGAGAGGAUUGUUGUGGCAGGAAAUAAUGAAGAAAUUUCAUUUUCACGACCAGCAGAUCUUGACCUUAUUCAGUCAACUCCUUUAAAGCCUCUGGCACUAAAAACACCGCCUCGUGUACUUACACUAAGUGAAAGACCCCUAGAUUUUCUGGACUUAGAAAGACCUUCUCCAACCCCUCAAAAUGAUGAACAGAUCCGUGCAGUUGGCAGGCUAAAAAGAGAGCGCUCCAUGAGUGAAAAUGCUGUUCGCCAAAAUGGACAGCUGGUCAGAAAUGAUUCCAUGUGGUACAGAUCAGAUUCUGCCCCAAGAAAUAAAAUUUCAAGGUUCCAGGCAUCAGUUUCUGCACCGGAGUACACUGUGACACCAUCGCCACCACAGACACGGGUCUGCCUUCCCCAUAUGUCACCUGAAGACGGAGCUAAUCUUUCCUCUGCUCGUGGCAUUUUGUCGCUUAUCCAGUCUUCUACCCGUAGGGCUUACCAGCAGAUCUUGGAUGUGCUGGAUGAAAACCGCAGUGUAAGAAGACAAAAUGAAAUACGUUAUGAAAGACCUGUGUUGCGUGGUGGGUCCGCCGCCGCCACUUCUAAUCCUCAUCAUGACAACGUCAGAUAUGGCGUUUCAAAUGUAGACGCAGUCAUUGAAGGAACAGCAGAGGACAUGACUGUGGUAGACGCAGCUUCAUUAAGACGACAGAUAAUCAAACUAAAUAGACGCCUGCAGCUUCUAGAAGAGGAGAACAAGGAGCGUGCUAAAAGAGAAAUGAUCAUGUAUUCAAUUACUGUUGCAUUCUGGCUGCUUAAUAGCUGGCUCUGGUUUCGCCGCUAGAGGUAACCUCAGCACUAAAAUAUUGUCUCAACUGCUGGAAAUAUAAAGGAUUUGCAAACUUCUUCAUUUCUGUCUUUGCCUUGUAUGCCAUUUUAUAGCCCGUGCUCUAAAAAAUGUAUUUCUUCCGGAAAUAGGGGAAAGGACCUAUAUUUGUAGAAGUAAAAGUAUAUUCUGUCCCUCCGCUGUACUCUCUUUAAAACCAAUUCUGCAGUGACACCAUAUGUAAAAUUCUUUUGCAUGGUUUGUAAAUAGGUUCUACUUUGUGUUUUUUUUUUUUUUUAAGAGAAAUUGAUUUUUCACCUUAUCAGUCUGCACAACUGAUUCUCUGAAAGGGAAAGAGAAUGCAUCAAGAAUGGAUUUAGAAAGGUAUCUGUAAAAGAAAAAAGUGUUUUGUGCUGUUUCUCGACACUGUUAGGCAGUUUUGUUAACAGGCAUUUUUGCACCACCUUUCAACAUCAGCUCUUUUGAAGUCAUGGUCUGGUACCAGAUUUAAGAAAAUUCAAACCACCUAAUAUUUCAUGAUCACCUGUACAGAUUAAAUUAAUUGCUAACAAUUCAGCAGUAAUGUAUGUGUGUUAUGUGCAUUAUUUUCAUUUUAGUUUUGCAGAUGGUUUUCUAUAAAGUACAUUUUUACUAAGUCAUGUGUGAACAAUUAGAAAAAAACGACAGAAUAGGUACAAAUGUAGUGUAUUUAAUAAACUGUCGACCAAAGCAAUGCUUGUCUGUGGAACGAGUCAUUUGGCCACCCCGUGCUGUGACCUGCACGCACGUGGUGUUGCUUCCCUGAGUCUGCUUGUCUUGGGCAGUGCGGCUGGGGACCGGGAAGUAAUGGAGGCCCCAGUCGUGUCUGCAUCCUGUGGGCACUGGCUGUAGGUGGUUUUCUCAUUUAUUAUGUGUGUCAAGUGGUUCAGAUUAAAAUACCUUGAGUUUCCGGGUCUUAUUUUUCUGUUGUUGUUACCUGCUAAUAUAUAAAUCUUAUUAGACUUAAACAUACCAAUGAAACCAAGUCCUGUGUUUACUUCUCAAAACUAUUUUCCUUUUUUGUUCAGAAACAGAUAGAAUUCAGUUAAAUAUAACAUUCUCUAUGCAUUCUCUACGCAUGUACCUUGCUACCAAAGCAGUGAGUGUUGGGAAAAGCAAUUAAUUCCUCAGAUGUGAGUAGAUUCCUUGUUCUGCUUAGUCUUUUGCUCUUUCCUCUUAAAAAUAUGAGAAAGAUGAUUCUUCUUUGUUCUUAGGUUUACUGUGAACUUGAUGAUAGUAUUUUCUGGCCCAUGGUAGUCGUCUUCUGGCUGUUGACAAUACUCUAAUGAUGCCAUGGCUAUAUUAAUUCUGGCUUUACACGCAUCAUAAGGUAACUCAUGUAAGUGACCCUCCCAGUUGAUACUGCAAAAAUAAUAAAAAUGAUGACUAAAAAAAACCACUCCUUCUGCUGGACAGGCAUGAAAAGGAUCCCACAGACCAAAACGGAUGAAAGGAGGAAUUGGGAGAUGAGAACAAAGGCUGUUUUUUUGUCAAAUGCUGGAGACCUGGAUUUUUAAAUGGUUCUGCAAAAGGAGCAGUAGAUAAAAUUCUUUUCCUUGGUCGAGCUCUAACAGAAGUCCCAUGGCCGAAGCAGGGACCUCAAACACUCCUUCCAUGACACAGGCAAAUGAGAAAUCUUCCUCAAGAAGGGGCAACAAAAACAUGCCUUUCCUGAACUUGUCACCUAUCUGAAAGUAGAGCUUCGUUCUUAACUUCAAAGUUAAAUUCUAUUAUUCCAACCCAUUUCCCCUAAAAGUUACUCAUCACUGUUAAGAAAAGAAUGAUUUUUGAGAUUAAAAUCAGUGCAUUCAUGCCGAUCAGGAUAAUCAGAAAAUAUUUCUUAAAUGCUUGAGUUGAACUUUGAUUGAUAGAUAUAAAUGUGUGAUUCUUAGCAAGCAAACAAUAUAGAACAAGAUUCCAGGUGCAAGGAGCAGAGGGAGAAAGAGCACAGCUGGGAGUCUGAAGUGUACAGUCAAGAAUAGCAAGUAUAUUUUUGUUACACUAUUUCCAGAACUCUAGGGUGUUGUUUUGUUUUGUUUUGUUUCCCCCAGUUCUGGGAAUACUUACGGAAGCAUUUGCAGGUGAUUUACUUUCAGAGAGAUGAUUUUAUGAAAAUUGUGUAUUUUCAAGAAAGCUUUCCUUCCUUCCCUGCAAUGUCUGUUUUUCAGCUUCUGAGCUCUAACUGGAAUUGAAGUUGAGUUGUUUUUCUGGGCCUGCAGUCUAGAAAUGUUUAUCAUCAAUGUUCUUUUAAUUUCAAAGAAUUAUCUCAGUAAGUGCACACUUGCUGACACGCAGACUGACCUGAGGACUAAGCAGUUAUAGAAGAUAGUGCACAAACCCUGCUCUUGGGGAACUGAGAGAUUAAUGGGGGUGUGCAGAUAAGGCUUAUUAAAGAAUGAGAGGAUAUAAAAACAACUUUACUGCUGGGUGUGGUGUUGCAUACUUGCAAUCGCAGCACUCGGGAGGCUGAGACAGAAAUACUGAUGAAAAUUUGAGGUCAGCCUGGGCUACAUAGUGAGACCCUGUCUCAAAAAAACAGAACAAUUUUUGUUUCCUAGGAAAGAGGAACUUGGAAUGUGUGGUACAGGAUAGGGAGGGAGCAGAUACAGUAAAAAAUGCAAACAUAAAGAUUCCAAAAAGAGACUGAACUUGGACGUCGGAAUGAGAGUUAAGAAGCAUUAAGCCAGGCAUCUUGGUAUACACAUGUAAUCCCAGCUCUUCUGAAGCUGAGGCAGAAGGAUUACAAAUUCUAAGCCAGCCUGGGCAACUUAGUGAGACCCAGUCUCAGAAAAAUGAGAGGCUGAGGCUGUGGCUUAGUGGUAGAGCACUUGCCUAAUGAGUGUGAAUCCCUGAAUUCAGUCCCCAAGUACAGCUAGGAAAACAACACACACACACAUUGAGCUUUGCAAAUGAUUGGGUGCACUUUGUGUGGGGGUUAGAACGGAGGGUAUGUGGCCAUGUGUGGUAUAGAUAUGCUUUUGAAAGUUCAGGUACCAGAUCAGAGAUGGUGUACCCCUAAAAGGUACUGCAGGUGGCCCAUAGGCUUUCACAUAUUUAAUUCAUGGCAACAUUUCUAUAAUUCUAAGGAAUGAAAAAGCCACCAAUUCCUUCAGCUGAUUGUGUUACUGCCAGUCAUCCUGUGUUUUGCUCUCUGAAAUGAGAGAUUGAAGUGUCCUUCUCCCAGGCCUGCAGAGCACUGCAGUCCUGUUUCCCAUUGCUAUGGAAAUAAGAAAGCUGGAACAUCCUCACUGACUUUAUUACUUACUCACGUAGAGUACACUGUCAUACUCAUUUUGCCUGUUUUAAUUUCAUGGCAGUUAGCAGUCUUCAUGUAGUGAGCAUAAAAUCUUCACUAAAAACUGGGUACUAAAGAUAGGAGUCACCAUUCCUUUGACAGAACACUUACAGUGGCCCUGCUUUGCACCUGGCUCUGCCCUGUGUGCUGAUUAAUGCGGCUGUCUUUGGGCCCACGGAACUUAAAUCCUGUGCAGGACAGUGAACUAUAAAGGGCAAGCACAAAUGGAGAUAUGUUGCCAUGUGAUAAGCACCGUGAAGGAGAGAGUUAAAAGAAGCCGGGUGUGGUGGUGCAAGGCUGUAGUCCCAGCACUUUGCAGGCUGAGGCAGGAGAAUCAUGAGUACAAGCCCAGCCUGGGCAAGUCAGUGACUUAGCAAGUCCUCAUCCCAAAAUAAAUGUAGGGAGAUACAUGAAUGGCUGGGUAGAUGGAUAAAAAGGGCUGGGGAGGUAUCUCAAUGCAGAGCUCCUGGGUUCAAUCCCUAGUACCCCCAAAAUACCAUUUUUCAUUAGUUGGCUAAGCACAGCAUCUCAGGAGGGAAAAAAAAGUGUAUCUGUACUGAAGACUGAAGGAUGAAGAGAACUCAGCCAGACACAAGACAGGUGGGGUGUGGGGCGGAGACAGCAGAGGUCUUUUAAGGACCUUAGGUGGCAGGGACUGAUGAAUAAAUGGAUGAGGACGUGGUCCUUUGUUCUCAAAUUCUGUAGUGAUGAGGGUGCAAAAGCACGAGCUACCUGGGUCUGGGAUGGUAAUACUGGCUUUGGUGACUGCUAACUCAGUUGAUUGGAGUCAUGUGCACUGAAGACUUCCUCGAGUGGAUAUUAAGUUAGACACCAAGGAAAAGAGGUGCAGGUAGGCGUGUACAAAAGGAGUUUAGCAGUAAAGGCUCACAAGCUGUUGAUAUUACUCAUUUGGACAGCCACCAUGUAAGUAUUGUUGUUACUGGAACCUUAAACCCAGCAAACAUUUUAAAAGUUGAAAUAAAAUGCAGGAGUGAUAGCAUUCAGAAAAUUACAGAUUCUUUUAGUUUUGUCUGUUUUAGAACAUUUUCAUAUGGCAAAUACAUGAUUUGGUUAUCCUGGGGUUUUUUUGUUUGUUUGUUUUGAAGAUUGUCAUAUAUAGAAACCACCUUUUGAAAGACUAAUUUUUUCUCUAGGUGUUUUUUUAAAAAUUAUUAAAAAUUAGCUUAGGAAAAUAAGAGUAUAAUGAAUUGCUGUGCACCUGUCAUUUAUAACAGUGAACAUUUUUUUCUUUCACUUUAUUUUUUGACGUAUUUUAAAACCAUCGUGCUCCCCACUCCAGUAUAUAAAUAUGCUUUUCUUUAAAAACCAAGGACAGAGGGGGCUGGGGAUUUAGCUCAGCGGCAAUAAGUACCUGCCUUGCAAGCAGGCGGUCGUGAGUUCGAUCCCCGGUACCGAUAAAAAGGAAAAAGACAAAAAAAAAAAAACAAAAA